AUGAAGUUCCUAGCCGUCUCUGUUUUCUGCCUUCCUAUGGUAUCCGCUCAGGUCUGGUUCACCAACAGUGGUUGGUCCAAGCCAGCUACUUUCAACAGUCAGGCUUGCGCGUCGAACCCCAAUGUCCAUUAUUUCUGUGGUACUCUUGGUUCUACACUUAACGUAAACCCGUACCCAGACGCCUUCCCAAUUCAACGGCCCGGAUGCACUCUUGCGGACACCCAGGGCCGAGGCUGUCACUGGCGGGGCGCUACAGGAAUCGUUGUUUGCUGCUAA